GCAUCCACGUGGUUGAGUUUUACUGCCACCCACUGGUGCCACGUUGCCACGUCAUUUCUUCUUUGUACCCGACACAGAGGCUUUGCGGAAGGAGAAAGAGGCACACGUGCUACACCGAGCAUGGACUGCGAAGAAAUGUUCGUAACGUACGUCGAUACAAAGGAACUGCAACAGUUUGAACGUCUGUACCACGAGAAACUACAACGGGGCCACAUGGACCAGGAUGUUCAGUAUGAGUACGGCCGUUGUCUCGUCCUCAGCCGAUUCCCAGCGGAUAUCAUCAAAGGGAUCGUGCUCAUGGAACAACUCUUGCAGCUCGACUACCGGGCAACGGAGUGCUGUUAUCUGACCGCUAUUGGACACACCAAGAUGGGAAAUUAUACUACUGCUGUACAGUUUACCAAGAUCAUGUUGGCAAGGGAUCCGAAGAACAGCAAAGGCAAGCAUCUUCACGACAUCGUUCAGCAGAAAGCGCUACGCGAAUACAUGUUCCAGAUACUUGUCGUUGGUGGAGUGGUUGUUAUGAUGACAGUUCUGGUCACUAUGGCUCUGGCCAGACGGUAGACAUCCAUUAAAUAGGCUCGACUCUCAA